AUACAAAGAGAUUUUUAUAAUAUUGCAUUAUUUCCAAGUAUUGUAGGAUGCAUUGAUGGCACCCACAUAAAGAUACAAUCUCCAGGAGGAGAAGAUGGUGAGAUAUUCAGAAACAGGAAAGGCUAUUUCUCUAUAAAUGUCCAAGUUGUGGGAGAUUCUGACCUUAAGGUGCAAGAUAUUGUAGCACGAUGGCCAGGAUCAACACAUGACAUGACUAUUUAUUCAAAUAGUAGAAUACGUGCUAGGCUAGAAGGUGGAGAAUUUAGAAAUGGAAUUAUUCUAGGUGAUAGUGGUUAUGGUGUAGGUAAAUAUCUGCUAACACCAUUACAAAAUCCAGAAACUGCAGCAGAAAAAUUGUACAAUAAGGCCCAUAUCACAACACGAAACACUGUUGAACGCUUGUUUGGUGUAUGGAAAAGGCGAUUUCCCAUAUUAGCAUAUGGCAUUAGGUUAAAAUUAGCCACUGCUUACGCUGUAAUUGUAGCAUCAGCAGUACUACAUAAUAUAAGUAUUACUAUGCAUGAAGAAGAACCCCCGGAACCUGAUAUAAAUGCAGAUGAAUUUGAAAAUCUAAUUCAAGUAGGAAAUAUACCAGAAGUAAUUAAUGGCGAUAAUAUUCAAGGAAAUGUCAGAAGAAAUGAGAUGAUAAAUUACUUUAACCGUCUAUUAUAAAAUAUCAACAUUAUUAUAUAACAUUUAUA